AUGUCGAUAUCAAACGAGGCGCUGCAGAAGCUGCUGCGAGAGAUCGAGACAAAUCACGUCAAGUCACAGCAGGAGAUCAGCCUUGCGCGCUCCCAGCUGGCAUCCAAGCAGCGUGAGAAGCGUCUCGCGCAGCUGACCAGCACCGAGAUCUCAUCGCUCGCCCCUGGCACACCUCUCUAUGAGGGAGUCGGCAAGAUGUUCGUGUCGAUACCAGCCCCCGAGCUGAAGGACAAGCUGGAGUCGCAGACGAAGCAAGUCGACACCGACAUUGAUGGCCUCAGCAAGAGGCUUCACUACCUGGAGACAACGGCGAAGAAUAGUCAAGAGCACAUCGAGGCAAUGCUCAGGCGAGGCGGCGCCGGCGCCUCCUGA